AGACCGGCCUUGAUGAGGCGGGCAAGAGGGUAAUUAAGAGGACCAAGCCGAGUCCUUCUCCAAACCGAAAAUCCCACCCCUUCUUUUGAUCCCUUUUCUCUGAGUCGAGAGACUUCGACCUCCAUCCUUCCAAACCCUAGCCCUAAUCCAUCCAUCUCAACAGCGUCCUCCAUCGGCUGCCAAGAUGCCAGCGACGGCGGGAAGAGUGCGCAUGCCGGCGAACAACCGGGUCCACAGCAGCGCCGCCCUCCAGACCCAUGGGAUCUGGCAGAGCGCCAUCGGAUACGAUCCCUACGCCCCCACCAACAAGGACGAGGAGGCCUCCAAGGGCGGCCCCUCCGGCAAGCCCGACGACGACGACAGCCCCGAGAACGCCUACGCCAGCUUCCAGGGCCUCCUCGCUCUCGCCCGCAUCACCGGCUCCAACUCCGACGAGACCCGCGGCGCCUGCAAAAAGUGCGGCCGCGUAGGCCACCUUACGUUCCAGUGCCGUAACUUCCUCAGCGUCAAGGACGAUAAGGACAAGGAUGCCGACGCCGCUGCCCUCCAGACCGCCUCCGCCGUCUUCGAGAAGAUCAAGAAGGCCGCCGGGAAGAACGGAGAGGAGGAGGAGGAGAGCGAGGAGGAGGACGACGAAGAAGAGGAGAGUGAUAACUCGGAUUCCGACAUGGAUCCGGAAAUUGAAAAGAUCAUUGCUGACAGAUUUGGAAAGAAGAAAUCUUCUUCCAAGAAGAGAUCGCCGGCGGUGGAGGACUCAGGGGAGCAGAAGAAGGGGGGUCGGAGGAGGAGAGGGAGGUCCAAGAAGAGGAGCGGGAAGAGGUCGAGCCGGAGCGAUGAGACUGAUAGCGAGGAGGAGGAUAGGAGGAGGGAGAAGAGGAGGAGGAGGAGGACGCAUGGAGAUUCGGAUAAUGCUGUGGAAGAGGACGAUGGGGGCCGUAGGCACAGGAAGAGUAGGAAGGAGAAGAAGAGGCGGAGGAGCCAUCAUAAAAGGGAUGAAUCCGAUGAGUCGUCGGAAGAAUCUGAUAGGCACCGCCGACAUAAGCGAAGGCAUGGGAGGAAGGAUGUGUCUGAGAGUGACUCGGAUGGCAGUGAUGAUUCACUGGAUGAUCGGAAGAGGUCCAGCAGGCACCACGAGCGCCGGAGGAAGAGGAGGUCCACUUCCUCUGAAAGUAGUGGAUCGGAUGAUGAAGAUCCUCGUGGAAGAAAGGGGAAGAUGCAGUAUGAGGACAGGAGCAGGAACCAUAGGCGUGAAGAGAAUAACCGAAGAAGGGAAUGGUCAUAUGGAUACAUAGGCGAAUCAUGCUAAAACGGAUCUAUGUGUUGCUCAACAUCCAUCAUUUGAGGCACAAAUAUUGCCUGGUUAGCAUUAUUAUUUGCAAUAGAUAUUCUUGGAUCAAUCUCUAUCUAAUGGAUCUUGUGGAUCUUUAAGAAUCCCUUCUGAAAGUUUUGUGCUUGCAAAUAGGUUAGGAUGAUGACUGGUUUGAUGUAUUCUGUCCGAUGGCCCCAUUUUUCCCUAACUUUAUUUUUCAUGGUGUAUAGCUGCUUUAUAACUCUUGCAAGUGAGAGGUGCACUUCUAGUUUGGUAAACUCAGCUUAUCAUGGAAGUAUUAUUCCAUAUUGCAUUUGUACAUAGACACAUGUUGGAAAACGCUUCUGGGUUCAUACAUAAGAUAUUCAACUAGGCCAUGAAAGCCUGUUGGAUUUUAUUCUCUGACUUUUAUCUGAUAAACCUAUACUAAUGGUAAAAUUAUUUUCAUUUGAAAAUGUUUCUAAUUAACUUCCUAUAAUUUAAUGAGAGCUGAACCUUUACUUGCAAACAGUACUUGUAAGGAAAUCCUUGUACUUGUUUAAGGAAGUAUAAAACUAAUUGACAAAUUUUCUUAACCAGUGCUGGUGUUACAACUUACAAUACGGUGUUCUGGGUUGGUAGCAUAUCCAUCACCUGGAAGACACAUCAAACUUAUAACCAAUUUCAAUUACUUAAAUUUCAGCUGUUGUUGGAUUACUGAUUUUCUAUAGAUGGUUUUUUCCAUUAUUUUAAAAAAUCAACUGUAUGUUGAUCUGCUUUACUGGCCAUAUUCAGGAAUUUGGAACUUCCAUUGUCAUUACAUCCUGCAACCUAGCUAUCAUUUUUGUGGAAUCUAAUUUCACUGAAAAUAGGACAUCCAAAGGAAUUUUUUUUUCAUAUUUCUCCUGUUAAAUACUUAUGUAACA